ACUGCGGACAUAGUACAGGAGAUGUCCAGAGACUGCGGACACAGUACAGGGGAUGUCCAGAGACUGCGGACAUGGUACAGGAGAUGACCAAAGACUGCAGACACAGUACAGGAAAUGACCAGAGACUGCGGACACAGUACAGGGGAUGUCCAGAGACUGCGGACACAGUACAGGAGAUGACCAAAGACUGCGGACACAGUACAGGAGAUGACCAGAGACUGCGGACACAGUACAGGAGAUGACCAGAGACUGCGGACACAGUACAGGAGAUGACCAAGACUGCGGACACAGUACAGGAGAUGACCAGAGACUGCGGACACAGUACAGGAGAUGACCAGAGACUGCGGACACAGUACAGGAGAUGACCAGAGACUGCAGACACGGUACAGGAGAUGACCAGAGACUGCAGACA